CUCCCCCGACCUCCCCACGACCACUCCCGACCCUCCAGAGCGGAAGCUUCGGGUUGUCCAAGUGCAAACUGCACCUGCCCACUCACCGCAUUUCUCGCAAUUUCAGCAAUCCGUCCUGCCCCCGAUCGCACGCUGCCGCACCUCGUUUGCAACCCGAUAGUGGCGUCUUCGCAUUGUCUGGCCCAAGGACGACCAGGCCAUGUCUCCUCCGCCCUUCAAGGUCAGGGCGCUGUACGAGUACAGCUCGCCCCAUGAAGAUGACUUGAACUUCCCCGAGGGAGCCUUGAUCACCGUCACCGCCGAGGAGGAUGCCGAUUGGUACGUUGGCGAGUACAUCCUGCCCAAUGGCGGCAAGAAUGAGGGUUUGUUUCCCAAGAACUUCGUCGAGCGCUACGAACCCGAGCCCCCUCCACGCCCAAACAGGGCCUCCAGACCUCCGCCGCCUCCAGAAGCGCCUCCUCCCGUUGAGCACGUGCCAGCAGUCGAAGAGCAAGCAGAGGAGCCUAGCGAGCCUGUCUCCCAUGAUGAAGCUCCUCCCACAGGAGCUCCUGCUGUUCCAGAGUCCCCACAAGCUGCUCCAAGGGCGCCUCAAUUGCCAAGCUCACCGCCGCCCGCUCCUAUUCCGAAGCCUCAGGAGCAGCCUUCGCAGCCUCAAGCCGCUAAGCCUGCACCUGCUUCCGCUGGACAAAAGAGUCCGCCUCCGCCAGUUGCAGAAAAACCCAUGUCCUUCAAAGAACGCAUAGCCGCAUUUAACAAGCCAGCAGCGGCACCAAUUGCUCCUAUCAAGCCCAAAGCGCCCCCUGCUGGCUUUAUUAAGAAGCCUUUUGUUGCGCCUCCCCCGAGCCGGGACGCCUAUGUCCCUCCGCCCCGCGAACCGGCGCCCCAGAAAAUAUACAGGCGCGACGAAGAUCCAGAGGUCGCGGAACGCUCAGCGCAGCAACAAGAGAGCACUGAGCAAACUGCGCCUGCCAGCGGAUCGGCUGCAACUGAGGAAGAGGACCAGCCCAAGCCUACGAGUCUCAAGGAGAGAAUUGCGCUGUUGCAAAAGCAGCAGAUGGAGCAAGCUGCUAGACAGGCUGAAGCUUCGCAAAAGGAGAAGCCUAAGCGACCUCCGAAGAAGCGUAUUGAGUCCCACGACAGCGAGAGGCGACCGGUAGCGGAGGAAGGCGUAGCGGAGGGUGGCGAGCGCGGGCAUGAAGCUGGACAGGAGGAAGCGCAAGCUUUGCCAAAGAAAAGGCACUCGCGCGGCCCCUUGUCUCCUGACGCGGGACAGCAUGAAAGAGAAAUGUUCAGCGACGGCAACGAUGCAGACAUGUCCGCGGCUGGCGAAACUACCGAGGAUGCUGAGGAAUCUUCCACCACUGUCGAAGAGGAGGGGGAAAGGGCCCAUGCAGCGCCAUCGCAUGAACCCGAAGCUGAGCAAGAAGGAGAAAGCACCGAAGAAGAAGACGACGGCUUAGAUGAAGAGACGAGGCGACGCAUGGAGCUCAGGGAGCGCAUAGCUAAGAUGAGCGGUGGCAUGGGCAUGGCUGGCAUGUUUGGCCCCCCUGGAGGUAUGCCGAUUCCGGGUAUGCCCAUGAAGCCGAAGAAGCCUGCUCCUAGCUCGGAGGCGACAGCGGCGGAAAGUAAGCGUGAACCGGAGCAAUCCCCACCACCACCGACUCAGCGUGUGCCUAUGAUUCCUAUUCCUGGUAUGCCUCAUCCCGUCAGGAGCCCUGAUUCCGAAGACACCGAGCUAGCUGUGGAGAAAGAAGAGGAACCACAGGACCCUGUGACUGGAGAAAGGGGUGCGGAGGAAGUUCCAGAUAUUGAAGAUGUCAAACCAGAAGAGCACCCUAGGGCCUCGCUCGAUGAGAGAGCAGCGCCUCCACCUCAAGAACGACCUGUCCCGCCUCCGCCUGCGACAGAGCGGCCGGUGCCUCCGCCAAUUCCUGGUGAUCGCCCAGUUCCACCACCAGAGUCACGCCCUGCCCCGCCACCUCCACCGGUUGCUCCUCAGUCUCCGAGUGCAGGUUCGGAAUCUGACGAUGAAAUGGCUGGUGAUCAGAAACAACUGCCACUGCGUGGCGCUCCACCUCUACCCCCCGGAGUGCCCCCAGUCCCUCAAUCACCUCCUUCUCAUCAACGCAACUUUUCUGGCAGUGGUCCUAUGUCACCCCAGUCGAGACCUUCGACCUCGUCGGACAAGCGAUCUAGUCGCGCUAUUCCACCAAUUCCUAUUGGCAGCCCGAUUAUGGCGCCUGCAGCGCCUGCACAAGCCAGACCUCCGCCGCCCCCGCCACCGACUGGGGCUCCCCCAUCUAGACAGCCAACCAAGGACGUUCUUUCGCCUCACUUGGUACCACAAGAAGAUGAAGAAGGCGAGACUGAUUACGAAGGAGACUAUGAUACUGACAUUGCUUCUGGCGCUCCACACAAGGAUGCCCUGAAAGCACAUGUGAGGGAUCAAAGCUACGAUGAUAGUACACUUGCAGGAGAUACUCCCGUCCGGUCUCCAAUCGUGCCAUCGUCAGCGCUACCGCAUCCUAUGCUUCCCGGUACGGUCCCACGUCCUGUACCGCCACCUCCACCACAACAGCCUCCAAGCGCCAGGCAAUCUUUGGACGCCCCAAGAGCUGCUCCUCCGCCUCCUCCACCUGGGAGGGAGCCCAUGUCUCCUGUGGAGAAUGAGAAUGAGUAUGAUCCAUAUCGCCACUCUUCUAUUUCUGCAGCGCCUCGUGCGGCCCCUCCACCACCGGCUGUUCCACCACCAGCACCUGCACAAGCUCCAGAGUCUGCCGAAGAGGAAGAGGAGGAGGAUGAGCUCUAUUCGAGUCCUCCUCCGAAAAGGUUUUCUCAGCAUGCUCCCCCUCCGCCCCAUCAAGAGCUUCCGGAGCGUCAACCCCCUCAGUCUCCACCGCAGCCUUCUCGUACAUCAGCACAAUACUCUCGUCGGUCUUUGGACGUAGAGAGAACGCUGGGUGGUUCUCGACGUUCAAUGGAUCAAUCUCGACCAUCUCUUGAUCACGGCCAUAUCGCAAACGAUGUUGAUCUCGGUGCGGGUAGCCAAUGGUGGAGCCAACCUAACACGCCGCCUCCUGUCUUCCAAAACCGCAAAGAUGUCCUGUAUGAGAUCGAAGAAUCUAGUACUUCGAAGCGUGGUGGCAAGAAGACCAUCCAAAAGGACGUGUACGUUCUGUUCCAGGAUUAUUCACAGACCAUUGUCACGGUCCGUUUUGACGCGAGGAACCCGGAGGACGUCUCACUUGAACAAAGACACGAGCCGCCGCCGCCGAAGCUUAGGCAGGACCAGCUUGAAGAUGCCUAUGAGCAAUUUGGUCGCCGCAUAAGCAAUGACGUGAACGCGAAGCAAAACACUACCGUCGGCGACGGCUCGCCCCAAGCUUUGGUACAUGAGCUUGUGGCGCCUUUGCCUCAAGCCUUGCUUCCGAUCGGUACUCGAGCAUACGGUGCUCUUGUUUACGCCAAUCUUGCCAAUGCGUCGGUUCAGCAGCAUGAUGAGAUCCGUCCGGGUGAUAUCAUCUCACUGCGCAACGCCAAGUUCCAGGGUAAGCAUGGACCUGUGCAUGCUAAAUACAGCAUGGAAGUGGGUAAGCCAGACCACGUCGGUGUCGUGGUUGAAUGGGACGGUACCAAGAAGAAGAUCAGGGCCUUUGAGCAAGGUCGUGAGAGUAAGAAGGUCAAGGUAGAAAGCUUCAGGAUGAGUGAUUUGAGGAGUGGAGAAGUCAGGGUUUGGAGGGUGACGGGAAGGUCUUGGGUCGGGUGGGACGCUGAAUAGUGCUGCACGAAUGUUGUUUGGCGCUGGUGGUAGCGAAGGAGCUCUGUAGAUACGUGCUUGUCAGGGAGCGCUGAGUUGAGCGUUGCAAUUGUAAGCCUGUGUCGCAGUCACACAAGAAUGCGCUUUCUGGAGGCAGGGAGAAAUGCUGAGGGAUUUCUCCUCUCCUGUGCAACCGAAGCGCAUCUUGCUCUUUGAGGCAAUGUAAUGGAAUGGGGAGGCAAAGAGCGAAGACGCGACGAAGAACGAAGGAGAGCGCGACGCGAAGACGCGACCAUGUCUCCCAUAAGUACUGCUGCCUCGAUGUGUGUUUCGAGAGCAUAGGUACUUGCCACUGUUGUACUCAAACCAGCAUGCCAGCCAAAACUCCAAUCUCAGU